AUGGCGGCCCGCGCGCCCCCUGCCGCACCUGCGGCCGAGGAGCCGGGGGGCCCGGGAGGCCCCCCGCGCAGGAAGAAGUCCCGCUCCGGCGGGUCCGGCCUCCGCCGCGCCUUCAGCUGGUUGCGGGGCAAGCGGCGCAAGAAGAAGGCGGCGGGGGCCGAGGGAGCCGAGUCGACCACCCCCCGGGCCAAGAAGGCGGACGACAAGGCCAAGAGGGCCAAGGGCAAAGGCCGAGGCUCUGCCAAAGCUGAGAAUGACAAACAUCAAAGCGUAGGGCCCGGCCAGGGGCCAGGGUCUGCAGUGGAUGAACACCAGGACAAUGUCUUCUUCCCCAGUGGGCGGCCACCCCACCUGGAAGAGCUGCACACGCAAGCGCAGGAGGGGCUCCGCUCACUGCAGCACCAAGAAAAACAGAAACUGAACAAAAGUGGCUGGGACCAUGGAGACACCCAGAGCAUCCAGUCCUCCCGUACGGGGCCGGAUGAAGACAGCAUCUCCUUCUGCAGCCAGACCACGUCCUACACGGCCGAGAGCUCCACGGCAGAGGAUGCUCUUUCUAUCCGCUCUGAGAUGAUCCAGCGCAAAGGCUCCACCUUCCGACCUCAUGACUCAUUUCCAAAGUCAUCCGGGAAGUCAGGGCGACGGCGGCGGCCACGGCGGAGCACCGUGCUGGGUCUACCACAACACGUGCAGAAGGAACUCGGCCUGCGAAAUGAGCGGGAGGCACCAGGCACUCCUCGGCCUCCUGGUCCGCGGGACACUGUACGCAUCCCCACUGUGGAUGGCCGCCCAGCGGGGCUGGCCUUGGGGACAGGGGCCCGGGUGUCCCUGCAGGCACUGGAGGCAGAGGCGGAGGCGGAGGCGGGCGCCGAGACAGAGGCCGCACUGCAGCGCCACAUCGACCGUGUCUACCGGGACGAUACCCUGGUUGGCCGGUCCACAGGGGCCCGGCCCCCGCCGUUGAACCGGCCCAUGUCCUUAGCAGUGCCUGGAAUGACAGGAGGGGCAGGGCCUCCGGAGCCCCUCAGCCCAGCCAUGUCCAUCUCGCCCCAGGCCACUUACUUGUCGAAGCUGAUCCCACACGCCGUGUUGCCACCCACCGUGGACGUGGUGGCCUUGGGCCGCCGCAGCCUGCGCACACUGAGCCGCUGCAGCCUGCUCUCGGCCAGCCCGGCCUCCGUCCGCUCGCUGGGCCGCUUCUCCUCAGCCUCGAGCCCACGGCCCCUCAGCCGCCACCCCUCCUCCUCCAGCGACACCUGGAGCCACUCUCAAUCCUCCGAGACCAUCGUAUCCGACGGGUCCACCCUCUCCUCGAAGGGGGGCUCCGAGGGCCGGCCAGAAGGCUCAGUGGCCAGCAGCAGCGUGGCACCCCCUCCCCAGGGCGGCAGUGGCCGGGGCUCCCCCAGCGGGGGCAGCACUGCAGAGGCCUCGGACACGGUCAGCAUCCGGAGCAGCGGGCAGCUGUCGGGCCGCAGUGUGUCCCUCCGGAAGCUGAAGCGGCCCCCACCCCCUCCCCGCCGGACCUACUCCCUGCACCAGCGGGGCUCCGCAGCACCUGACGGCCCCUCAGGCUUGCCUCCCAAGCCUGAACGCAAGCAGCAGCAGCAGCAGCAGCAGCCGCCGCAGCCCCGGCCGCCCACCACGGGGGGAUCAGAAGGGCUGGGGGCGGCACCCUGUCCCCGCACCUCAGCAGGCGGCUGGGCACCUGGCUUGUCUCCGAGUGGCUCCCGGCGCCCCCCGCGCUCCCCAGAACGGACACUUUCACCCUCCAGUGGGUACUCUAGCCAGAGUGGGACCCCCACCCUCCCUCCCAAGGGCUUGGCAGGUGCCCCUGCUUCCCCAGGCAAGGCUCAGCCCCCUAAACCCGAGCGUGUCACUUCCCUUCGAUCUCCUGGGGCCUCUGUCUCCUCCUCCCUCACUUCUCUGUGCUCCUCCUCCUCUGACCCUGCCCCCUCGGACCGCUCUGGUCCACAGAUGUCAACCCCCCUGGGUGACAGGUUUGUGAUACCUCCUCACCCCAAGGUGCCUGCGCCCUUCUCCCCACCUCCAUCCAAGCCCAAGAGCCCUAACCAGGCUGCCCCUGCUCUGGCCACCCCUGUUCUGGCUUCUGGGCCUGUCUCUCCCCAUGAGGCCAGUCCUGCAGCCCCUGCCACCCCCCAGGCAUCCCUGACCCCACUCCUGGAGGCUCCCAUCAUCUCCAAAGACCCUUCACCCCCGCCAUCCCCACCCCCAUCUUAUCAUCCCCCGCCACCCCCCACUAAGAAGCUGGAGGUGGUUGAGGAGGCUCCAGCUGCCCCAGAGACUACUGAGGAGCCCCUCCAAGAUCCCAGCUGGCCCCCGCCCCCGCCGCCUGCACCCGAGGAGCAGGACCUGUCCAUGGCUGACUUCCCCCCACCCGAGGAGGCCUUUUUCUCUGUGGCUGGCCCAGAGCCUGCAGACCCCUCUGGUGCCCCGGAGCCUGGCAGUUCGCCAGCUGCUGUCUCUUUGCAGAGCCAGCUCCAAGGUACUCCAGAGCCCCCUCCGGCCCCGCCAGCCCCACCAGCCCCGCCAGCCCCGCCAUCUCCAGCUAGUUCUGCCCCAGGGCUUGUGGCCAAGCUCCCUCGGAAGGAACCAGUGGGCUGCAGCAGCAAGAGCAGCGGGGCGCCCAGGGAGGACGCCGGUGCGCCUCUGGUCACGCCUUCGCUGCUGCAGAUGGUACGGCUGCGCUCCGUGGGCGCGUCCACUGGGGCUCCCACCCCAGCGUCAGGGCCGUUGGCCCCUCAGAAGCCCCUGCGAAGGGCCCUGUCUGGACGGGCCAGCCCCGUGCCAGCCCCGUGCUCAGGGCUGCAUGCUGCUGUGCGACUCAAGGCAUCCAGCCUGGCUGCCGCCGAUGGCCUGCUGAGUGCCCAGCCCAGCGGAGCGCCCGAGGCAGAGCUGCGGCCUCCCCAGUCUCCCGCCUCCACCGCCAGCUUCAUCUUCUCCAAGGGCACCAAGAAGCUGCAGCUCGAGCGGCCCGCGUCUCCUGAGGCCCAGGCCGACCUCCAGCGGAAAAUGGUGGCUGAACUUCGGAGCAUCUCGGAGCAACGAGAUGCCCAGCCCCCAAAGAAGCCGCCGAAGGCUCCUCCACCUGUGGCCCGCAAGCCGUCUGUGGGAGUCCCACCGCCUGCCUCCCCCAGCUUCCCUCGGGCUGAGUCCCUCAGUGCUCCUCCCACCAAUGGCCUCAGUCAUGCUGAGGACAGGACUAAGGGGGAGCUGGCGGCGAACGGAGGUGUGGUGCAGCUGGCAUGCCCAGAGGAGAAGAUGGGCCCCCCAGGCUCAGACCCAAAGAAGGAGCUGGUCUGACCACAAGGCACCUCAGUGGCACUGCUGACCCAUCCCAGGUACACAAUCUCUCAGGGACCUGAGCAGCUCCAAGGACAAGAGGAACCGCAGACACAACCUGAGAGGACGCCCGCAGCCUUAACCUCCACGGCCUUCGAUAUUUAUGCAAGUCUGGCGUUGCCCGCCCUCCCGUGUGUGCCCGACUGGAUCACCUCUGGCAGCUGGCAGCUGCGGCCUCCGUCUUGGCCUUAGCCUCAUCUCCUGGGAGGUAGCUGGAGGGAGUGGGUAGCUGCGCCCCCUGCUGGCCCUGAGGCCACAGAGGUGGGUGCAGAGCGCCUCACGAGUUUAUUUCGUUCCAUUUUUUUUGUGUCCAAAUCACGCAUAUAUACUGUAGUCCAGAAUCAAAGCACUUUUGAAAAAGUGGCUGCACGUCCAUCCUCCAGGGCCCGUGAAACCACACUCCCAGGGCCUGUUUACAUGGCAGCAGCGUGGGUCUCUGGUAGCCAGCCCAGAGCUCCACCCACCUGCCCCUCCUCCCUCCAUCCAGUUUGCUCCUUUUCUUAGUUCGUGGAGGUGGGCGUGUCGUUGCAUCCGCACAGGCUUCCGCAGGCGGGCCGGGCACAGGAGCAGGGCUGUGGCAUUCCAAAGCACAAAAGGUGCAGUGGGGUUGGCCUUCCUGUGCCUCCACUUAGCACCAACCACCCUCCUGCCUUCCAGUUCUGCCAGGUGCUCCGUGCAGGGGACAGGGAGGAGACUGCCAGGGCCCAGAUGGGUGGGCGGAGGAAGACAAAGCGGAGGUCCACGGGCUGGCUCUGUCCCCGGUGGAAGGACCGAGGAGUGACAUCUCAGUGGGCACGUGGCAUGCCGGGCAUCUGCCCCUUAUUCUCCUCGAGUGGGUCUCUGCAGCCCUUCAGAGGCUGUGUCCCUGUCCCUGUCCCCUUGCCAGAAACUACUGAGGAGGUGAAUGGGGAGCAGGUCUGGUGGGGGCUGGCUUAUUUGGCAGUGGGCCCAGACCUGGCCCCACAGCCUUCCUUCCGACCGGUCCCUCUGCUGUUUUCGCAGGUGCAUGUCCUCCUGGCUGCAGCUUUCAGCACAGGUGGGGAGGUGAUGCGAAUGGCAGGGCUGGGAAACCAAAGACAGCUUUUACUGGAGACUCCUCCCCAGUAAACAAGGGGCUACCCAGGGCUCCGCAGCAGCUGGCUGGGUAGGUGUCCCCUGGAUGUCAGCCUCUGCUGCUCGUCUCUCUGGGGAUUUUAAUGGACCUUCCCUUCCUGUUUGCAGCCUGUGCCACCUAUGUAGGUAAUGGCUGUCCCUGCAGGAGUGUGGCUGCCACCCGUGGCUGCCCCUUCUUGAUCUUCUUUCCUCGACAGUGAGUUGGGCUUGAGCCUGGCAAGAAAUCUCCUUUUUAGCUUCUCUACCACCAAGAUUAGCCCUCCCUCCCGAAACCAGAGCUAGGAAGGCAGGGAGUGUGGUGUGAGAGCCCAGGCUCUUGUGGCCCUUACGAGGGCAUCUUCAGUCUGUCCCUAUUGUCUUCUUCCUGUGGCUCCAAGCCCAGGCUCUCCCCUGGUUCUCCCCGUGGGUAAUGGAGCUGCUGCUGGGUCUGUGUUGCCCCUGCCCGGCGAGUUGGGGGAGGACAGUCAGUAAGCACUGCUCUGCUCAGAGCUCCUGACCCUCUCCACCCCCAGCCCUGCCUGGGUCCAAGCUCCCUGGAAAUCGGGCCCUGGCGCAGCCCUGGGAGAGCCCGACUUCCACCUUCCCCUCCCCUCGCCUGCAAUGUUACGGGAGCUCUUUAUCCUCAGAUAGGAUCUUCUGCGCUUGCUUCCCCUGGGUGGGAGAGUGCAAAGCAGGGGGGUGAUCUAGAAGAGGCGACCCUUCUUUGUCCUCUAGGGUAAGUGAGCUUGACCUAGUGCAAAUGGAGAGACCAAAAGCCUCUGAUUUUUAAUUCCCAUAAAAAUGUCAGAGAGAAGUAUAUAUAUAUAUUUCUUUAAAUUUUUGAGUCUUUGAUAUAUCUAUACAGACAAUUCAUUCCCUCUGCCCUGAAGCCUGCGUGAGACACAUGGAAAAGCUGUGUUUCAUCUGAAGGUGUUAAUUAAUUAAAUGAUUGAAACUUGGCUGUGACUGCUGCUG